AAUAAUCGAUAACUUUCAUUUAUCUCCAAUUAAUUGAUUUAUUGUUUAUUGCAACAGGCCUAUUCCUCUAGUUUCUUCUGUCGCCUUCUCCUCUUCUCUGAUGUGUGAAACCCAAACGGGCCAGCUGAAAAUUGCUUCAUGUCCUGAGCUGUGAUUGGACAGCCGGGGCCUGGGGGCGGGGCCAGAGUGAGGUGACUUCCUGUUGAGUGAAUAAGGGGAACUGGGCCAGCCCUGACAUGUUACUGGCUGCUGUCUCUACCAAGACCGUCAGAGCAGAACCAGGCAGGAGAAAAGCCAACAGAACCAGGUCCGGUCCGCCUGAGCUGGGCUGCUUACCGGUUCUGAACCCGGCAGGAGUCCUUCACAGCUGUGGCAGUACGUGUGGAUCAGAGGGAGCAGCUGGACUCAGAGCGGUCCUCACAGAGACACACAGUCCCCUGACACACACACAGCCACAUCUGGAGAACAUCAGCAGAGUGGGCGGUUCUGGUCCUGGGCGGGGUGGCUGGAUCGGAUCAGACCGCUGCCAGUUCUCGCACUGAAUCAGCUGCUUCCCCGUCGGGUUCUGGUGGUUUCUGGGACCGGUUCUGGUCCGGUAGCUCUCAGGGGAGGAGGAGUCUGCAGCUGGACCAUGAAGCGUCUCGUUGGGACUCUGCUGUUGGUGUCCGUCCUGCCGUCCCUCUGCAGCGUCUCUCUGCCUCCAGACACUGAAUGCGGCAUGUCCUACCGUCUACGAGCCUUUCGGGUGACGACCAGGUGUAAUCUGACCACCCUAAAGCAGAAGCAGGUGAAGGAGAUCCAGGCUUCGACCACCAACCUGGUGCUGCCGAUCAUCUACCUGUUGACCUUCUGCAUCGGUCUGCCCACCAACCUGUUGGCUCUCUGUAUUCUCGUGUUCCGGACCAAACGUCGGCCGUCGACCACGCUUCUCAUCAACCUGACUGUGAUAGACUGCUUGCUGUUCCUGGUUCUGCCGUUUCGGAUCGUCUACCACUUCCGGGGGAACCAUUGGGAGCUGGGAGAGCCUCUCUGCCGGAUCGUCAUGGCGAUGCUUUACGGGAACAUGUACAGUUCGGUCUGGUCCCUGGCCUUCGUGGCUGUGGACCGGUACGUGGCUGUGGUUCACCCGUUUGGCGCGAAGAGUUUGCGCAGCCGGCGGUGGUCUCUGGGCCUGACGGCCGCGGUGUGGAUGGUGAUGCCGGCCGCCAUGUUGCCUUUGCUGCUAUCCCGGCAGACUUACCCUCUGGACGACCCCGACAUCACCACCUGCCAUGACGCGCUGCCCGAGAGCGUGCAGGAGAACUACUUCCUGCCGUACUUCGCCACGCUGUUUGCCACCUGCUUCCUGCUGCCCUUCAUCAUCAUGAUGUUCUGCCAUAGCGCCAUACUGCGCACCCUGCUGGCUGAAGGCAGGAAGUACUGUCACGCCAUCAGGGUAACGCUUCUGAUGAUUCUGGUGUUCGUGGUGUCCCUGCUGCCCUGUAACGUCCUCCUGAUCCUGACCUACAGCGACAGCUGGCCGGACGGUGAGGACCUGUACGGCCCCUACAUGAUGAGCCUGGCCUUCAGCACCUUCAACAGCUGCUUCCACCCCGGCAUCCUCUACUUCGUCUCCAGAGAUUUCAGAGAAAGAACCAGGAACGCUCUGUGCUGCAUCCCUGACAUGGAGGACAAACCGUCCUCUCGGGGGACACACACCUCCUCGUCAGCUGGACAGAGGUCAAAGGUCACUCUGCUGGCCAUGACAAGUUACAGGGGACGCCUGACCCAGCAGCCAGAGGUCAACAUGAUGACAUGACAGUAAGCUGAUGCCGGAAAAGAAAUAGUUAUUGGAUUUUUUAUUAUUGAACCGUUUUUACUAUAAACAAAACUGGAGAAAAAAUGUUUUCUGUGUCAAAACAUUUUGUACGUAGCAGCGCACAUGUGUCCAUCCUGGACCUAAUCAUAGGCGUAAAUACCUGGGGGGUCGG